UGAGUGUGCCAUUUGGUAUUCAUAAAAUUCCCUUUGUGAGUCAAAAUAGUUGGACCUUUAGAGAACGGAACGAUGUCGCCGGCGCCGGAAAUUGGCGUUGCCGUGUUUAUAUUGAAGAAUGAUCAGAUACUUUUCGGGCGUCGCCGCUCCUCUUCUAUUGGUGCCUACACCUAUGCCCUCCCCGGAGGCCACCUUGAGUUCGGUGAAAGCUUUGAGGAAUGUGCAGCAAGAGAGGUGAAGGAGGAAACAGGACUAGAGAUCAAGAACAUAGAGUUUUUAACAGCCAACAGUUUCGUUCUUUCUGAUAAAGUGCAUCUUGUUGCUGUUUUCAUGCGUGCACAUCUUUCAGAUCCUGAGAAAGCACCUCAAAACCUCGAGCCUGAUAAGUGUGAAGGUUGGGUUUGGCAUGAUCUGAAGAAUCUCCCUGAACCGAUGUUUGGACCACUCAGAAAAAUGCUGGAUGAUGGCUUCAAUCCCUUCCCUACCGAAUCAAAAUGAUGAAGGAGUUUAGUUAUCUCAAUUGAUGUAUGCAACUUUUUAGCAUAAUGAUAAAGCUUGUUGCUUGUGUAAUUGAUUUUGAAUAACACUCUGAUUGAUCUCAAUUUGCUAAUUGGUGAUCUUAAUUUGAAUAACACUUUGAGUGUUUGAAGCUAAAGAAGCACUUUCAAUUA